AUGGCCCCGACGCCAACACCUGGAACCCCUAGAAGAGCUGCAAGUGGCUCAGGUACAAGAUCUACACGUCCGAAAUCCGCGUCAGCCUCAAAUCGUCGAUUUGAAAACCCAAUUAUCAAAAAUCCAACAUCCGAACCUCCUAAAAAAGGUCGUUACGUACCAGGCGGUCCCGGUGGAGGAGGCAGAUACGUAGACGAGAACGGCCAAGAUCUACUUUUAGUCGGCGGUACAGGACCAGGGGGUUAUAAUUAUAUUGGACCUCGCGGUCGUAUAGGACGCGAAAACGCUGCGAACGGAGUCCAGCCGGUAGUUUACCCUCGCAGAGAUAAUCGAACAACGAGAACAAGGACAGUACUUCCUCGCGCACAACAACCCCCCAUGGCUGCCCCAGGUAGAUUCGGAUCAUCAUCGCAGGCUGCUGCAGCUGUCGCGCAAAAUGAUGGAUACAAGCCUCGAGAGGAACGAAGUUGGGAAGAAUUUCAUCCCGAUCUAGACAUAAAUCAAGAAAUGAUGUGUUUCAGUCAAGAAGCAGUGGAGGGAGUGUCAAACUCGAGACCUGUAACACCCGCCGGCGCAUCACAAUUAGUGGAAGGAUCGGCGAAUGGUAAACCUGGACAGAGUGCUGAUAAUGGUGAGAAUGGCACAAACACAACUCCAAAUCCCGCAGUACCUACUCCUAGUACAAAUGGGGUUCUAGUACCAUAUACCAUUCCAGGUACACCAGGAGGAGGCAAGAGAAGACCUGGCCGUCCUCCCAAGAACCCUGAGGCAUUCUACGCCGCCAGAGCUGCUGCGAACCUUGGAAUAUCUAUUGGCGUUAAUUCCCCGAAGACGCCAAAGACACCAAAGGGUAUACAUGUCAUGAAUACCACCGCGAAGGAAAAGUUGACUCUGCCACAACCCUCGUUCCGACUAACGCAUACCCUUAAAAAGUUCGAUACCCCAGAAUUCGAUCAAUAUGUUGAUAAAUCCAUGGCAAAUGUAGGAUAUCAGGAAAGUGACGAAUUUAUUCGACAUGAGCAAGAAUUCAUAAAGGCUUCUGAUAUUAACUUCAACGAGGAUCUUGAUGGAAUUGGAAGCACUCUUGGUCGUGUUGAGUAUGAUAUGGAUGAGGCAGAUGAUAAAUGGCUACAACAAUAUAAUGAGAGGCGGAAGGCGGAAGGCGUUGAUGAGGUUCCUCGACACAUUUUCGAAGUCACUCUGACUAAGAUAGAAAAAGACUGGCAUAAUCUAGAACGAACUAUACCAAAGCCAAAUCCAAAACCACCUCAAACCCAUCGGCCAAGGUCUAGCUCAGCUGCUGCCGUUAAUGGUGAAGCUCAGGUUGGAGAAGAACAAGAUAGUAAAUGUGCUAUCUGCGAUGACGGAGAUUGUGAAAACACCAACGCCAUUGUUUUCUGCGAUGGUUGCGACUUGGCUGUGCAUCAAGAAUGCUAUGGAGUACCUUUCAUUCCCGAAGGUCAAUGGAUGUGCAGAAAGUGUCAGUUGAUUGGACGCUCCACUCCUACUUGCAUUUUCUGUCCCAACACCGAUGGAGCUUUCAAGCAAACCAAUGCUUCAAAAUGGUCGCAUUUACUCUGUGCCAUGUGGAUUCCUGAAGUUUCUCUUGGUAACACUACAUUCAUGGAACCAGUUAUGGAAGUUGAGAAGGUCCCGAAAAGCAGGUGGAAAUUAAACUGCUACAUCUGUAAUCAAAGUAUGGGAGCAUGUGUGCAAUGUGGCAAUAAAGCCUGCUUCACAGCUUUCCAUGUUACUUGCGCUCGCAGAGCUCGUCUAUUUUUGAAGAUGAAGAAUAACCAUGGGACCUUGGCAGUUCUAGAUGGACACGCUGUCCUGAAAGCCUUUUGUGACAAGCAUUCGCCUCAAGAUCAUGCUCGGGAGAACGACACUGUCGCCGCUACUGCUGAAGCUCGCAGAUUCUACAAGAAGACUAUGCGUGGCCGUGUGUGGGCUGAUUCCAAUGAAGCUGCCGGUAUGCUGGCUAUAGCUCAUCGUAAAGCAGGAAGACAUCCAGAAGCCAUUGACUUGAAUGGUGCUCGGGGAUCAUUGCUACAAUACAAUCAAGAUAUUCAGUCGGAAGAGCCAAUCAAAGGUAUUUGGAAACUUCCUUCGGGUGCUCCGAUCAUUCCAAAAGUUAUCUUCAACUCUGUUGAAAUGUCAUUGCAACGUUAUAAUCUUCGCAGACGUAGGGAGUGGACUGCAGAUUGCUGUAAGUAUUGGACUCUCAAGAGGGAGGCCCGAAGAGGUGCAGCUCUUUUAAAGCGAUUGCAACUCCAAAUGGAAAGUUUCUCUUCCAUGGAAAUCACCCGGCGCAACUUCUCUGGUAUGGGUCACGUAGGAAGGGAAAGACUUGCACGUCGUAUCGAUUUUGCUCAACUUCUGCUCAAAGAUAUGGGGAAACUUCGUGAACUUGCUGGAGAAAUCAAAGAACGCGAAUUGAAGAAGUUAGAAGCUGCAAGGGUUGAAAAGGAUGCUGUCGACACGAUAUACUUUCCUGUAGCGCAUCUACUGCCUCCGGUCAUUGAAAGGGCUUUACAAAUCGAUAGCAAAAAGGCAUUUACCGGUGGUCUCAGUCGACUCAGCGACAAGCUCAACCAACGCUUUUACACUACUACGGGGGCGUUUGCGAAAGACUUCAGUUCCACCAUCACUGCUGCUAUUAUGGAAGACACCCCGCAAGGUGGACAAAAAGAAAACCCGGCUGGGGGCAUCGAAAAGACAUCCUCCAAACCGGUAAAUUUAAACGUGCAGAAUCGUCGCAAAAUCGGAAGACGCAUUAUCAAGGCUGUUCAGCCUAUGUUAGAGGCUGCAAUUCGAGCCGAGUGUGAUGUUGUUAAGACAAAGCCUGAGGAUCAGCUAAAAGUGCUGAAUGUCUUACUCGAAAACUGUCUACUUCCUGCUGAAGGUUCGAACAGCUCAUCUGAUACCUUUGCGGAUGUUGAAGCGCCGGAGCCAUCGCAAGACGAAGACAUGAUUGACGUUGCACAAUCACAAGAGAUUGCUUCUGAGACUCUAGAUCCCGGAGUGGUAGAACGCGGGCAAAUUCCUGUUGCAAACACUGAAGUCAUAGAUACAAAUAUGCCAGAUGCCGAUGCUGAUGCGGAGCAUGAUGUCGAGGAUGUCAUUCAUGUUGCGUCUGCUACUAUUUCCGACACGGACCACUUGAUUGAUCCACAACUUCUUAACCAUGGUAUUGGAACGCACACUACAAAUGGUGAUGGCAUUACGCCACCUGAUACCAAUGGCUAUUCUUCUACUCCAGAAGACAACCAGCCUACCCCACCAACACCACCAGUUUCAAAUGGUGAAAAUAAUACAGAUGGCGCAGACGUGCUUAACAAUGGGGGCAUUCCUUGGUAUGUCAAGGAUUUCCAGCCUGAAGGAACUAGUGUCUUGCAAGAAGUUCCAGUUGAAAAUACAAAUGGCUCUCACACAAGCGAUGACCUCAGCGAAAUGGAUGAUGAGGAUGUCAAAGCUUUAGCUGGUGUUCAGGACGGUCCAAGCGAAAUGAAUGGAACCACUCCAGCUGCAAAAGGAAGAAAGGGGAAGGCAAGGAGAAAGUUUCGAGGAUUCAAGUGA